UACCCUUCAACACCGACUCUCAGUGCACUCAACUGUCAUUGUAGGGACCCAUAGCCUCGAAGAAGAAAAUAUAGAGUAUUCAGAGAAGACCUUGUGGAUUCUUACUGAACACUUGAAUAUUUUCUUUCCUGCCGCCCCUAUCCCUUUUAUUUUAUUUUAUUACAUUGCUACAGUUUACAGAAAACACACACUGUUCGAAGCCCUCAUCCAGCUCUUCGGAAGUUGAGUUCGUGCCCAAGAUAGUGUUUAUAGUCGCCUUAUUUGACGUAACAACAGAAACGUUACAUUACUAUAAAAAUUAACAAAUAAGAAACUUAGUAAUAAUGCACAUUGCCUAUAGUGUAUAGCUCUUGAAGAUAAUAUUAAUUAUAAGAAUUAAAUACGUAGAGCGUCUUCUUAAAUAAUACUGCAAAUAGUUAAUACCAAGUUAAAGCCAGCGCUACAGGAUUCGGACAUAUUGUUUAUAAACCAGACGUAGACUUCCUGAGUCUUUCAGUUCCAGUUGUUGGAGCGCAUCCAAUCCCUCGAGCGUCGUCGCCCCUAAUCACCACCAACAUCCACCUGUUUACCUGCAUCUAAUAGUUUACCUCGUUCCAGCUGUUACCUCUACAUGCUCACACUGCCCGUAGCCUGAGGAAGAGGGAAAUAAGACAACAAUGGGUUGUGACGGAGGAACCAUCCCCAGGAGAGACGAGCUGGUCAAGACCAAGAAAAAACCAGAACAGAAAGACAAAAACUCGGAGCGUCUUUAUAGAUGGCGUCAUUGUUCCAUAUCUCAAACCCCUCUGAAGACACCUGUUGUUGCAUGUGAAUUGGGUCGCAUGUAUAACAAAGAAGUAGUCCUCACCCGGCUGUUAGACAGAUCAUCUGAGCCUGGCAUGUCACAUAUACGAGGAUUAAAGGAUAUAAAGGAGUUGAAUUUGACCUCUAACCCUGGCUACAGGCAUGAGGGAGCCAACAAAGGAGAUGCUUACACUGAUCAUCAAGCAGCAGAGUACAUUUGCCCAGUCACCUCCUUGGAGAUGAAUGGCAAAUACCCCUUUUCUUUUGUGUGGACCUGUGGCUGUGUAGUUUCCGAGCGAGCCUUGAAAGAGGUAAAAUCCGAGGUGUGUCACAAGUGUGGGCAGCCUUAUCAGGAGGAGGAUGUAAUUCCUCUCAAUCCUUCUGUGGAUGAACAAGAUGCUGUUAAGGCACGCAUGAUCUCUCGCCGUGCCAAGGCUAAGGUUGCAAAAAAGGCUAAGAAGAUUGAAAAGAGGGCAAUUAAAGAGGAGGAUGAUGAUCCACCUACAACUAGCACCAGCAAGGGAAAGAAGGUUGCAAAAUUGUCUGAUGGUGCCAGCUCUAGCAGUGAUAACAGUAAGUCAUCUCUCCGUGUCCAAGGCAUGGCAUCAGCUGUUCUGAGGGAUAAAGACUUUGAGAAGAUUCGAUCAGCAGGUUUUAGUGUCGCUUCAGACCCAAAGGCUUCAGAAGUCUUCAAGUCUCUCUUUGACACCCACAAGACAGCUCAGAGGAAACAGAGUGCUCACUGGGUCACUUGUAAUCCACAGUAUUUUUAAGGAAUUCAUAAAUAUAUCAAAGGGGUGGGGGGGGGGGGGUUUAAGGUAUUUCCACGUAUGUUUUGAGUUAAUAAAAACUGCAUGAAUAUUUUAUUUGCUGCUACCUUGAAAGCAAAUGUGAAUAUUAAAGAUAAGCAUUAGUGCUGCUUAAAUAAAGUAGAACUAGAAGUAGGUGAAGAUUAUGGUAUUUUUAAUGUCUAAUGGGUAAAAUUGAUGACAAAAAUGCUUGGGGAUUAGUAUGGCUGUUGAGAUGAUUACAAAAUAGAAUACCUGUAACAGAGGUUAGUGUAAAAGGUGACAUGUGAGGAAAGCUACAUGUAUGGGUAAGCAAUGUGCAGAAAUUAUUAAAUGUAUUAGAGAAAAUAUAACAGAGGGGUUUGGUGACAACCAGAGAGCAUAAAAAUUUCUGUGAAUGUUGUGAGUAAGAAUCGCUAAGGUUAGUCUGAGUGAAACAGGCAAUGUUUGUGGCCAACAACUGAUUGAAAGAUAUUCAAGCAUGUACACAAGUAUCCAUGCAUGUACAUGUGUAUCCAUGCAGGUACACUUGUAUCUUUGCAUGUACACAUGAAUCCAUGCAUGUACACAUGUAUCCAUGCAUGUACACAUGUAUCCAUGCAUGUACAGAUGUACAAAUUAGAGAACAAAAUUCAUAGAUGCAAAUUGUAUUCUUUUCUUAACUUUGUAUUUUACAUACAAUUAUUUAAUGAACUAAAAUAUAAAUGGGAAAUGAAAUGUAUACAUUUAACUUUAAACUUUGUACAAUUAAAAUAUAUCAACAACAGUCAUUUAGAAUGUUCAUUUUUUUAUUGAAUAUUAUUUCAUGUCUAUGUAUUUUAUAUACUGUAUUAAUAAACAAUAGAAUAUUAAUUUUGUGCCUCAGUACAAAGAGACAAUCUGUAAUGGUGGCAUCCUUGGCCUUUGUUAGGCAUUAUGUAAAUGAGGAUUUGGUUUUUCAGUAAUGGAGUUUCAAGUUAUUAAAUAUUUCAAAUGA